AUGGCUGCAAAAAUCCGAGUUACAAUUGAUGGUCUGAAACCGCUAAUCAAAGAAGCCAUAGUGGACUUCUCAUCUGGUGAGGAGACUAUUGUAACUCUCGAGUAUGAAAAGCUGGCAAACCAUUGCCAAUUAUGCAACAGCCUCCUACAUGAAGAGCAGCAGUGUCAAAACCAAAGCGACCAAGAGUCCUACCAUCAUGCACCCACCACAACCAACAUGACUAGACAACAUAGCCAUCUCCAACUGCAAGCGCAAACAGAGCACCGUCCUACUGCUCCCCCAGCUCAGCGCAAACACCACACCGCUAAGGAACCUUACUACGAACAGAGAAAGCAAAGGAACUACAGCGAACGACUGGAUAGACAUGGAAGACCGUUUGGCUUGAGGCCCUCAAUGAGAAACGACAAUCUCAAAAACGGACAACUUCAACUACGGCCAACUGAGGGGGCAACUAAAGAAAAGAAGGCCGAUAAGGAGCAAGCUCCCAGUGAUUCCCACUCUUAUCGCCGAGAAAGAAGAUCUCCCCCAAAACACCACAUAACGAAGGAAUACGUUCAAAAACCACUGAGGCUACGAGAUGAUUCAAGACGCCGCUCUCUCUCCUUUGGCAACCAUUCUACUGGUUCUCACACAGCAGGAAAAGAAAAGAACCAGCGAAGUGAAGAGGAACACAUUAGUACCCCCUUCACCACGCCUCUCCAACAGAGGACGACUAAUGAAAUUGAAGUUCAGCAUCUCCAUGAAAAUAUAAUGGCGGAACUGCAGGAUGUUACACUCCAAUAUGUCAACGUUCCUGACCCCAUUGAACGAGAGGCUAGAAGAAAGAGAGUUUUGGACACUGAAGCUGAGGACCUAAUGGCAAAAACAGCUGCUUCGAUGUUAGCGGAGGCCAUCAAAGGUAACCAAAACGCUAGCAACCACGCUUUCUAUGCUGCCCUAGAGAACGUGGAAGAGGCUACACUUCAGGAAGCAAGAGAAGGAGAAGAAGCUGCUCCUAGUCAGAUUGAGACGACUCAGACACCUCAGGCAAAGAAGAGGGGACGACCACCAGGAAAGACUACAGCUGCAUCGAGAAUGAAGAUGAUGAAAGCAACUAGCAGUAAAAAGAUGAAAGUGAUUAUUCAAAACUCCCCUCAGGUCAGGAGAUCAUACUCAACCAAUCAUACGGGAGACAAUCAAGUGGGCACUCGCACUACUCAACGAAACAAAACACAACUCCCGAAGGGACCAGCAAUUACAGAGGUGACAAUGCGGGAAAAAGGCGAGACAUCAAAAGCGCCACAGCCGCCUAAGGCAAAUCAGAAAGGAACAGGCAAAGCUACGACUCCAAAGCCGAAGCAGGCGGAUUUUCAAAAUCCGCACCGCUCUCUUCCUUAA